AUAUGCUUUCUGUGGUGUAUGAAAUGUCAAGGCCUAUUUUUUAUAAUCUUUGAUCUUCCAUGUCCAUUCGUUCCAUUUGAACAGCUGGACAAAAUAAACAAUGGUGGUAAUAAACACUUGGGAUAUUUUGUCCUUCAGCAAAGUAGCCUACUAGCCUAAAGUACACAGAUUAAUACAAGGCAAUGCGCAACAAGCAGGUAAAGUCAGAACCAUGGAGAAAUAAUGAGGACAAAGCUACAACUUGCAGUAGUGGUGCUGGGUAAAGCUACAACUUGCAGUAGUGGUGUGGGUAAAGCUACAACUUGCAGUAGUGGUGCGUGGGUAAAGCUACAACUUGCAGUAGUGGUGCGUGGGAAAAGCUACAACAUGCAGUAGUGGUGCGUGGGUAAAGCUACAACAUGCAGUAGUGGUGCGUGGGUAAAGCUACAACAUGCAGUAGUGGUGCGUGGGUAAAGCUAUAACAUGCAGUAGUGGUGCGUGGGUAAAGCUAUAACAUGCAGUAGUGGUGCAGUGGGUAAAAGCGUCAGACAAGCCAGAAAAAUAGCCAUAUUACAACCUGUGUUGUGAUAAUUGCGUUGUUUGUUAUAUAACCUGUUAGUUCAUAUGCCUUGACACAGCUGAGACAAGAAGACAGUGGCAGAAUACAUUCAACCAGACAUUUGUUAAAAUCAUAAAACCGGAGAGCAAUAUCUGUCCUGUUAAGUUCAUAGUUACAACCUACAGAAUGAUCAAGCAAGUUAAUGUUUCCAACGUUUUCGGACUACUAAACAACAAUUGAUUUAGUUACCGCAAGUCGCAAAGAAAACAGGCCCUGCAUCCACUAUUCAAGCACAAUUUAAACUUCAACAUCAUCUUAUCACCUAUGCUUACAUUACUACAACGAAAAUAUUUAAAAAUAAACAAGGGGUGCAACUUUCACUGGGGACAAGGGACAUCCCUACAUUCUGAAUUAGCAUUUUUUUUGUCCCCCCCAAUUCUAAAUGUUGCACCCCUGCCAAAAACGAUUUAGUUAGAUAAACUUAGGCUAAAUAUGAUGCGUCUAUCCAUGGUACUGAUUUCUGUGUGUGCAUUGCGAGUAGAAAAAAACAUGUUGACUCACCUUAAUUUGUAGAGAAAUGCCAUCCUCAUCUUUCAUGUUCCCUGAACGGUCUAUGAGUCAGUCAUACAGUAAACACUUUUAGUUUUUUUUGUCUUUGGCUUCCUUGCUAAGAUAAACAUGUUAAUCACACAAAUUAUUUUGUUUUAUAUUCCGUUAUAUUGUAGUCGUGAGUGUUAAGUAUUUUAUGCGCCGAUUUGGUAAAAAUGAUUGCAGCGGAUUAAAACGACACUAGCUUCCAUAAAGUGACCAUUGGACUUAAAUGUUUGUUUGACUACCUUUUGUAGAUGCAACAGUUUUUAUUACAUUUAUAAUGUAUCACUCUUGCUACAUUUCUGUCCAUUAAUAACUUUUUGUAGCAUUUCUGGCAAUGCCAACUAAGUUUCAGACAAAUCUAACUAACUAACUAAUUUAUCUAUAGUUCUAUCUAACCUGGUCAGCAACUUGGAUGCUUGGCAACAAUACAGUUGCUAUUAGCUAGUUAGCCUCUGUAGCUAGCUAUCUAACGAAAAGGCAAAUAAAUGUAGCUAGCUGUAAUUGUUGAUGGAAGGUUUGUUACACAAAUAACUAAAGCCAUUAGCUUGCUAGCAGACAACAGCUGAACAUCGACAGAAAAGCUAGCUAACGAUAGCAAGUGCACGUCCAAAUGCGGCUCGUAGCUAUGUUUUGUGGGACAAUAUACAUCAGUUUUUUUUAAAUGCCACACUGCUACCUUAGAAUGCAUGCAAUGCAAUGGACUUCUGCAACGCUAGCUAGCUACUCCAUAGUCCAAGCUACGGUAAACGCUAGCCAUAUUUCACUGUCAGACAGGACACAACUCAAUCUUGCUGAGAAAACAAAUCAAAUCAGAUUGUAUUGGUCCAUACAAAUACUUAGCAGAUCUUAUUGCAGGUGUAGCGAAAUGCUUGUGUUCCUAGUUCCAACAGUGCAGUAAUAUCUAACAAUACACAACAAUAACGUUACACACAUCUAAAGGAAUGGAAUUCAGAAAUAUAUAAAUAUUAGUCCAGAGUAUAAAUACAGUACAUUCAUAAGUAUGUGGACACCCCUUCAAAUUAGUGGAUUUGGCUAUUUCAGCCACACCUGUUGCGGACAGGUGUAUAAAAACGAGCACACCGCCAUGCAAUCUUCAUAGACAAGCAUUGGCAGUAGAAUGGCCUUACUGAAGACCUCAGUGACUUUCAACGUGGCACCACCAUCUUUCCUACAAGUCAGUUUGUCAAAUAUCUGCCCUGCUAGAGCUUCCCCGGUCAACUGUAAGUGCUGUUAUUGUGAAGUGGAAAAGUCUAGGAGCAACAAUGGCUCAAUCGAGGAGUACGCCACACAAGCUCACAGAAUGGGAACGCAGAGUACUGAAGUGCGUAACACGUUAAAAUCAUCUGUUCUGUUGCAACACUCCCUACCGAGUUCCAAACUGCCUCUGAACGCAAUGUCGGCACAACUGAUCGUCAGGAGUUUCAUGAAAUGGGUUUCCAUAGCUGAGCAGCCACACACAAGCCUAAGAUCACCUUGAGCCAGUCGCGGUUCGAGCUUGUAUGGCUCCCUGGGCGAGCCAUACAAAGCUUUCAGCUUUGAAAGCUCCUCUGCUUCAGCUACGGUCACUGGAAGAGUAAGACAAAUUCUGAGGUCUGGGGUCUCCAGCGCCGGUCCACAGUCCGGUUCUACAAAGGUGGAGGGAUCAGCGUAAAGAGGGGGGCUGCAUCCAGAACCGGAGCCACCACCAAGGGUAGAUGCCCACGCGGACCCUCCCCUAUAGGUUCAGGUUUGCGGCCGGGAGUCCGCAACUUUUUUUUGGGGGGGGCGGGUACUGUCACGCCCUGACCUUUAAAUAUAAAGAAAACAGAGAUAUCUUGGUUAGAUCAGGGUGUGACUAGGGUGGGUACACUAGUUUUUGUAUUGUUUAGGGUUUUUUGUAGGUCUAGGUGAUUUGUAUGUCUAUGGUGGCCUGAUAUGGUUCCCAAUCAGAGGCAGCUGUUUAUCGUUGUCUCUGAUUGGGGAUCAUAUUUAGGUAGCCAUUUCCCUUUGGUGUUUGUGGGAUUUUGUUCUAUGUUUAGUUGCCUGUCUGCACUAUUCGUAUAGCCUCACGUUUCGUUCGAUUGUUUGUUGUUUUGUUGAGUUUCAGUUAUUAAAUAUUAUGUGGAACUCUACUCACGCUGCAUCUUGGUCUCAUCUUUAUGACGAACGUGACAAGUCCUGAGUUUCCCAAAUUAAUUUUCUUCUUAGAACAGAGUUUGCAGCAGAAAAGGCUGUUGUUUUUUUUCAGAAUACACCAGCCAACUUCUAGGGAUUUUUUUCACCACUCACCAAGGUCUUCCUGAAAUACUGGUGGUGGCAACUUCUUCCUUCACUCUCAUUCCUUGGGGAAACAAAGUUAGGUGGUACCUCACUUGGUCCUGUGCAAACUAGCUGUGUCUGAAUUCUGUCAGUCAGCAGGGUCUGUAGACAGUGAUUCAUCCUCAGCAGCCGGAUCUGUAGACAGUGAUUCAUCCUCGGCAGCAUGUUAUUCACAGCAUUUAUAGUGGUGGAACAUCCCACAUACAUACCCAGUAAUAAUACAAUCAUCAUUGUUACCUACAAUAUGGAAACUUAAAACUUUGCGAAAGGGAGAUUAUUUAUUCUGUUUGUUACGCAGGGAUGCACACACACGUGCGUGCACAAAAACCCACCUGAAGAAUCCUGCUGGGGAGAAGUGGAAGUAAAUGGGUCUUCAGGCUCAGACAAUAUUUGUGGAGACACCUGUGUGGCUGAGGAGGUGGACGGCUCCUCAUCCUGAGGCUCCGAGAUCAUUUCUGAAGAGGCCUGUAUGGCUGAGAAGGACAGAGCUAGUCCGUCCCCCUCCACCCUGCCGGAGUCCCCUGGUCACAACUCUCCUGGUAUCUCCUUACUGCUGGAUCUGAAGAGGGUUUCUGUGCUGCUGGUCGACUGCAGGAAAACACCAGGGCAGAGUGGAACUGUGAGAGAAGGACACGAGGAUGGAGAUUUGAUUUCAUCAAGGGACACCCCUAACCAUCGUUCUCUUAGUGGGAGGGGCUUAUCGUCUGGGGAGCCUAAACAACAUGUUGCUGAGGAGACAGAGAAGAGUCUCUCCAGAUCAGAACAUCUCAAGAAACACCAGCAGGGUCGUACAGGGAAGAAACCUCACCACUGCUGCUCUGACUGUGGGAAGAGUUUCACAAGCCAGAGUGGCUUCAUUAUUCAUUGUGAUCAGUGUGGGAAGAGUUUUGCUGCAUCUAACACCUUCAAAUCUAAUGUAAGAAUUCAUACAGGGGAGAAGCCUUACCCCUGCCUUGAUUGUGGGAAAAGCUUUGUUAGUGCAGGAGCCUUAACUGUACACCAGCGUGUACACACUGGAGAGAAACCUUAUAGCUGUGAUCAGUGUGGAAAGAGCUUCAAUAAGUCAGUCCACCUGACUACACACCAGCGAACACACACUGGAGAGAAACCUUAUAGCUGUGAUCAGUGUGGAAAGAGCUUCAAUAAGUCAGUCCACCUGACUACACACCAGCGAACACACACUGGAGAGAAACCUUAUAGCUGUGAUCAGUGUGGGAAGAGCUUUGCUCUAGCUUCCACCCUGACUUCACACCAGCGAACACACACUGGAGAGAAGCCUUAUAGCUGUGAUCAAUGUGGAAAGAGAUUUGCUGUAUCAGAAAAACGAACUAUACAUCAGCGAACACACACUGGAGAGAAGCCUUAUAGCUGUUAUCAGUGUGGGAAGAGCUUUGCUGUAUCAGAAAAACUAACUAGACACCAGCGAACACACACAGGCGAGAAGCCCUAUAGCUGUGAUCAGUGUUGGAAGAGCUUCAAUCAGUCAGUCCACCUGACAACACACCAACUGACACACACUGGAGAGAAACCUUACAGCUGUGAUCAGUGUGGAAAGAGCUUUGCUACAGCUUCCACCCUGAAUCGACACCAUCGAACACACACUGGAGAGAAGCCUUACAGCUGUGAUCAGUGUGGGAAGAGCUUUGCUGCAGCUUCCACCCUGAAUCGACACCAUGGAACACACACUGGAGAGAAGCCUUACAGCUGUGAUCAGUGUGGGAAGAGCUUUGCUGCAGCUUCCACCCUGAAUCGACACCAUGGAACACACACUGGAGAGAAGCCUUACAGAUGUGAUAAUUGUGGAAAGAGCUUCAGUCAAUCAGGGAGCCUGAUUUCACACCAGCGAACACACACUAGAGAGAAACCCUAUGUCUGUCUAUGUGGAGAGAGCUUUGCUCAUUUAGGGAAUAUGAGAGAACACCAAAAAGCAAAAAUGUGCCGUAUUUCCUCUCCCUCCUAUCUGACACCGGUUCCAGAUCCAUAAAUAAAGGAUCAGUAGAAAACAUCUAGUGAACAGUCAUAUCCAUCUCCCAUUCUUAAACAGUUGCCUUAGUCUGAUCACCAUGGUAACCUCUGUGGAGCAUAAUAUACAGCUCUGAUCUAGGAUCUUGUCUCCCCUGUGUCUAUGUAAUAUUACACAUCUAAAUGGAUAAAUGUUAUCAUAGGAAAUGUCAGUGAACCCAUGUGUGGGGGCGUGUUGAUAAUUGUAUAUUUUCAUAUACUCAUGAUAUUAUUAAAUGUCAUUAUGUAGAA